AUGCCCCCACGGCACCGACCAAAAUUCCCCGGCCCCACAGAGCACCGAAACACGCCCCACCCCCCGGCACCAAGCCCCGGCGACCGGCUGCAACACCCAACGCGAGCCAGAAAAAACACACAGGCGGCCACGCCCACAGCCGGAGCCCACGCGCAUCCGACGCAAACCGUCUGCGAGCGCCACGAAACCACACCCAAAACGCCCCCCAGGCCAAAAGCGCGGCCCCACCCCACCAAGACCAAUGCCAACAGCGUGCAACGCAACACACCGCGCACAGAAACAACCCAAGAGCAGAAAGCCGCUCGGUGCCCGAACCGCAAGAAGAGCAGACCGCAGCCGGAGCAACCACCCCCCCCCAGCACCCCAAGGGUAGCGCAAAGCAGCUCCGCCACUCCGCCGCUCCGGCCCCCACGACGCGCCAGGCAGAGCCACUGCACCCUCAACCCACCCCGCAGCCACACCCGCUGCGAUCAGCGGGAACAAAGCAGCUUCACCAUGCCUCCAAGUGGGAAAACCCACCCGAAAACCCAGCCAGCCCAUCCACACCAGCCCCUCAACACCACCCCCGCCGGAGCCGCCCAGACCCCCACACACCAGCGGUGCACUGCCGGCAGGACAUCCACCCAAUGGGCACCACCCGCCCCCUGA